UUCAUCGGGCGACUAGUUUUCGUGAUUUGUUGAAAACAAGUGGCCGCUGAAAAGAGCGAUUCUUGUAUUUUAAAUAAAUAUUUUCACCAGUAAAAUGGCUGACGAUGUUUUGUUUGAACUUCUUCACAUGGAGAUCGUUGCUUACGUGGAAAAUUCGGCAAAGAAAGAUGAGAAGGACCAGUUAGUUGCCAAACUGGAGAAGAUGGGUUACAGGGUCGGACAAAGUGUUGCAGAACGUUUCACCAGAGACACUCCAAGGUUUUCAAGCGAAUUAGACAUCAUCAAAUUCAUCUGUAAAGAUUUCUGGACCAAUGUCUGCAAGAAGCAGAUUGACAAUCUGCGGACAAAUCACCAGGGGGUGUAUGUUCUUCAAGAUAACAAAUUUAGGUUUCUCGUUCAAAUGUCUGCAAGUAAACAAUACCUUGAGGCAGCACCAAAAUAUCUAGCAUAUACAUGUGGUCUUGUUCGUGGAGCUCUUGCCAACUUAGGAUUAAAUUGCAUUGUGACAGCAGAGGUCAGCACUAUGCCAGCAUGUAAAUUUCAAAUCAUGAUCCAGAGAUCGUAGCCCUUAUGAAGUUAGCUCAGGAAGGAAGACAAGUCCUAUGGAUUUGCGUCAAGAGACGACAUCUUCCAACAAAGGAUUGUGAAGAUAACCAAGCUCAUGGUAACCCCAAACUUCCUUUGUGUUUCAAACUCUGAAAAUAAUAGUGGCUUCUUAGCACUCAUAUCUUUUACUCAGUGAAGCUGAAGGCGCUUCAAUGUUCAGUAUUUUCCGGCCAGGUUUGUGGGACUACGUUUGAAGUUUGAGACUUACUCCUUUUACAUAGCACCAUGAUCUUUUCAAUAAGUGCACUGGGUU